AUGGCAUCUCAUCGUCCCUACGAGUCCAAGCUCGGAAUCGUCACUGGAGGAUCUCGAGGCAUCGGCGCCGCCGUAGCCAAAAGACUCGCCGCCAAAGGCUGCAAUCUCCUUCUAGUCUACACAUCCGACUCCUCCGUCCAGCCCACCAAAGAACUAUGCUCACACCUAGCAUCCACACACACAAUCCACUGCACAUCCAUCCAAGCAGACCUCUCCAAUCCCACCUCAGCAUGCACCACAAUCCUCGAAUCCGCCAAAACCCUCUUCGACAGCUACAACCCCUCAACAGCCCUUCAAAUCGACAUCCUCAUCAACAACGCUGGCGUAUCCUCAAACCAACACCUAAAUGACCCCCAAGCAGGACCAAUCUCCACCACCGAGUUCGACCGCGUCUACAAAAUAAACGUCCUAGCCCCGCUCCUCCUCACCCAAACCAUCGCACCAUAUCUCCCCCACGACCGCUCAGGCCGCAUCGUAACCGUCUCAAGCGUCUCUUCUUCUAUCGGCUACCAGGGUCAAUCCGUGUACGCGGGCAGCAAAGCCGCCGUCGAAGCCAUGACGCGCGUCUGGAGUCGCGAGUUGGCGGAAAGGGCGACUGUUAACGCGGUGAAUCCUGGCCCGGCUUGGGGGGAUAUGUAUGAGAAGGCGGGACAGGCGUUUUGGGAUAUUAAUCAGCCUUAUGUGGAUGCAGCGCCGUUGGCGAAGUAUAAUGGGGAGGAGGAGGUGUUGGAGAUGGUGGGGGAGGAUAGGGAGAGGUUUGAUGCGUUGGUGAGAGAGAAUAUGAAGGGGAGACGACCGGCGUUUACGGGGGAGAUUGCAGGGACGAUUGAUAUGCUUUGCUCUGUGGAGGGGGGUGGACGACGGGGAGUGUGA